AUGAUUAGAUUAUUUGAAAUAAUGGCAUCACAAUAGGUGAAUCCACAUCUAUUGUGUUCAAUUUGUAGAGAAGUAUUUUAUAAUCCAAUACGUGCAACUUGUGGGUAAAAAAGAUUCGAUCAAAUUAUAGGCAUACAUUUUGUGGAACUUGUUUGGUUCGUUGGAUACAACAAAAAAAGAGUUGUCCUCUAUGCAGGCAUUAGUUAGAACGCAAUUAUAAAUUCGAUAAAGACAUUUUAGCUUCAAAAAUAGUUGGAGAUAUUUAAGUAAAAUGCUUGAAAUGUUAAUAAUGGAAUGGAUCGAUGGCAUUAUUUAAAUAACAUAAAACAAAAUGUAAAUUUAUAUAAAGAAAUAAUGAAAUACCAUUGAAUGCUAUUGAAAUUGGAGAUGAUGACAAUGAUGUCACAUUUUCAUUUAUUAUUGACACACAUAAGACAAUAAUACCAGCUAACUCUUCUACUUUAGUAUAAAUAGAUGAAUAAAGUGUUGAAUAAGAAAUAGAUCCUUAAAUAAAUUUAAGAAGAUAGAAUAACGAUAUUCCAAAUAACAAUUUUUAAGUCGAAACUAAUCAAUAAUUUAUUAAUGAUUAAACUAAUCAUAUAAUUCAAGUUAAUGUACUAUAAGAGGAAUCUAGUUAAUAAUAAUAGAUAGUUAAUGAAGAAUGUGAUAAUAAUCAACAGAAAUCAGAUAAUUUAAAUAAUUCAAAUUAAUCAGAUGAAUCAAACAAAUUAAAUAAUUCAGAUUUAUCAAAUAUAUCAAAUAUAUCUAAUAAAUCAUAUAAAUCAAAUAGAGUAAGAAAAUAGAAAAAGAAAUCAGAUAGGUAAAAAAUAUAAAAAAUAUAAAAUAAAUAAAAUAAUUCAGAUAAAUUAAAACAAUUAAAUGUAAUAUACUAAGGAUAAGAAAUGGAACGAAAUGAUGAAUAAAUAUAGAUUAGUGAAUAAGAAAAUAAUAAAGUAAUAUAAAAAGGUAUGUUGGAAUAGAAUGAAUCAGAAAUCGAGAUAUUAUAACCUUCAAUAAGAAUAUUAAAUAAUCAUGAGAUGAAAGAAUAGAAAUCAAUAAGAAAGUUUAGAAUAAAUAUAAUAAAAAAUAGUGUGAGUGUGUCUGAACCAUUAAUGAAUGAAGAUUUAUUAAAUGAAUUGAGUAAACUGACAAAUGAAAAGUUAGAUGGCAUUAAUAAAAUAAAUACUGUGAUUGGAUGA